UGUUCCUAAUUCUGUGCUUUGGUGCUGCAGGUGAAGAAGAUCAUCGAGGCGGAUGAUGUGCUGACCUCUUUACUAAAGAGCAAAAGCUACAUGGCUUUCCUUCCCAAUGAUAAGGCUCUGAAUACUUACCAGGGGGUCAAGGACUCAAUCCUCAUCAGCUACCACCUGUCCAACCUUCCCUAUCUAGUGCAGGACAUGCCAGAUGAGCUCAACACAGACCUGGCAGGCAAUCCCCGUGUGUAUAUCUCCAAGCUGCCCUCUGGCCGACCCAGCACCACUGGCUGGGAACACCUCCAUGUCUACAUCAACGACGCCAAGGUCAUCGACGCAAACCACGAAGCCAUCUCCAGCAGGGGGAUGAAGCAGAUGCUUCACAUUGUGGACCGAGUCAUCACCCCUACUGUGCCUAGGGGCAUUGACUUCAGCCAGAUUGACUCCAUCUACCUCAACCCCGAUGCCCAGAAACUAAUCGAAAAGCCACGCUACUACGGCUUGGAGGGUUCUCUCUCCAUCUCUGAGUUUGAAGGGAGAGUGAACGCCUUGAAUCUCCAUGAUGUAUACAACAUUAGUGGAAAGAACACCUUCUUCAUUCCUGUUGAUGCGGGUAUUAAUAUUCGGGAUAAUAAGACCAUCAUAGAUAAGCAAGUGAUCCAUGGCCAUGUGGUGCCGGGGAAGGUGCUCUUCACUCGUACUGUGCAGGACUCAAAGGAAGAGUUUGAGAGUUUGGCCUUCACUGAUAAUCUCAAAGUUUUCAUCUCCAUGGAAAAUGUAUCCAGUUUCAAUAAUGAAGACCAGUAUUAUGCAAAGAGUAAAACUAUUGCCAGUGAUGUUGCUCACAUGAAGGGGACAGCACUAGCAAGGAUUGUAAAGGGAAAUAUUCCCAUCAAGAAUGGUGUGGCGCACUUGAUUGAUCGUCCUCUGAUGCUGGUGGCUACCAAUGUCUUGGCCAUCUUGCAGAAAACAGCGCAGUUGUCCAUGUUCUAUGACCUGAUACGAAACCAUGAUUCUGGCCUCAUAAAUGUGAUGACUGUGGCAAAGUCCCUGACAAUUUUUGCACCUUCCAAUGAAGCUUUCAAGAAAGUGAACAAUAGACAAUUGGAGCAGAUCCAGCUGAAUACAGAAAAUAUUUCAAGGCUCCUCAGACUCCAUGUAGUGGAGCGUAUCCUCACCACAGAUGAGCUCAUGGACCGUAACAGAGAACCAAAUUUGCAAGUCCCCACACUGAGCAAGGGCCAAAGCCUCUAUUUUGCCAUUAACUCCAUGGAUCCCAAAUCUCCUGUUGUGACGGUAGAGGGGGCAGGAGUCACUGGCACCCUCACCACUGCCAACGUCAUUGCCAGGAACGGUGCCGUCCACAUUGUUGAUCGGUUACUGGGCAUCCCUUCUCAAACAGUUUAUGAGAAGCUGGCAACUGACCCUAUCCUCAGUGCAACAUUCAACCUCAGCCAGCAGGAAGGAUGGAAUGAAAAGCUAAAGAACCGUGAUGAGCAAUUCACUCUCUUUGUGCCAACCAACGACGCCUGGGCAGAGAUUCGCCGCACAAUGCCUUCAGCCUACAAAAAGCUCUUUAUGGGAUCGUUUGCAUACCAUGUACGUAACAUCCUGGAACGGCACAUGAUUGCCAACUCAGUGUUCACCCUGGAGGAACUUCUCAGCCUUACCACCAAUGCCACUGUCUCUGGGAAAAACAUCCUGCAGGGUCGCCUCAACAUGACACGUGGCAAAGUUUAUUUCCAGGCUCGUGUCACCCAGAGCUUUGGAGACUCCGCAGAUGAAAAUGACGCACAGAUAGUCUUAGAUAUGAAGGAUGGCAAUACCGCAGACAUUCUAGGACAAACACCAUCAGAAUACUACACUGACUGGAAUGGAGUGCGAGCCAAGGUCAUCCGGCCCGACCUGAAGUGUGUCAAUGGUGUGGUGCACGUUAUUGACAAGGUGAUGAUGAUGAACCGCGACGUAACAGUUUCUGGCUCGGCAGUGCCAGCUGCAAGUGGCCUGGCCUCCCUUGUCGCCACGUUCUUCACAGUUGCCUUUGCCCGCGCUCUUCACCAUUAAGAGGACAGGGAAGAGUUGUGGAGUUAGUUGAUAAAAUCCUUACCUCUUCUUCCUGUACACUAGAAUGGUUAGCUCCUGCUGCUGCUGCUGCUGCUAACCUGUGGCAUUCUCUUUCUCUCUCCAUCUUUCUCUUUGACUGUUUUGUGUAUUUUGCUUUAUUUCUUUUCUAUUCUGAGCACAUGGUCAUCUUGCAAAACAAAAUGAAAGUAAUUAAAACAUUUAUAUAAAACUCAGUUGUCAUCCCUUUAUUGUAUUAAGCAUCAUUUAUAAAGAUUGAUUCAUCUAAAUUUGUCUCCUCAUAGAUUGUCAAGUCAAAUCUUCUACACUAAUAUAAACAGCAAAGUAUGCUACCACUCUGGACUUCUUUCCUUCUUUGUUUUUAAAAUAUUCUCAAGGCAGGGAGUGACUUUGUCUUGAGAGUGAAGGGUAACCAGUAUUGAGACAGUCCCAGCUAUUGGCAUCAAACACAGGAUUUACCUUGAUAAUCUGACCUCUCCUUCACACACACACACACACACACACACACACACACACACACACACACACACACACACACACACACACACACACACACUAGCACACAACUGUAAUAUACUGUGACAGUAAAUGUUGUAAUUUGGAAAUAAUGUGUGAAAUAAGUAGAUGUUUCCAAGCUGGUUCUUUAAGGAUCAAUAUUACCUUGAGACACAUAGCAUUUACAGGAGGUGAUUCAAGUGCCGACAUAUAAAAUACCUAAAAUUAAUGUACCUAGAUAUAAGUCUCAACUUGCAAGAGUACUUGAUGACCAACCUAACAGAUCUUAGUUUUAUCUUACAAAUUUGAGGUACUACAACACAAUACAUUAUGGUGUGAUGUUCCUUUUCAAUGGUAAGUUUUAUGUUCUUGAGUUUCCCGGGAAUUGUCCACACAAUUCAUAAGUCCCUGCACUGAAGGCCUGCAUCUUGUGCCAGAAAGAUCUAUGUGGGUGGCCAACACCAAAGCAUUGCCAAGUUAGCAAAUGUACUGUGAAUUCAUCAUGUUUCAAUGCAUUAUACUGCCAUGUAUCAUAGGCUUGUGUACAUUUUCUACAUAAGGAUUUUGUGGUUCAGUUUCUGAAAGUAGUCAUCCUUAAAUCAAAGCUUGAAGAAGUACAUUUGUAAUGCAAUUGUAAUCAAACCAAAGUAGAAUCACAUGCUGGGUUUUUAUGGUUUAUUUUCAUGCUGUAAAAACCUUCAUUAAUAUGAUGUAGCUUUGAAAUUUAGUUUGAGUCUGCAAAGAUUCCAGUAUAUGUAGUUGCCUAUAUACUUAAGGUCAAAAGCUAUAACCAGUGGUACCUAGAUCCUACACCAAAGAUCAUGAAGGUUGAUGACAAAUACCUGUAAAUAUUAAUGUGAGGUGCACCGAGGCAAGUGUCACCUGCACACUGUUGAAGUGAAAGGAACGCUUAAUUAAGAAUCUUCAAACAAUUGUGAGUGACAAUUUCAUUUUAAUGGUGUAAAUGGAAGUUGAUAUUCCCUAUCUUUGUAGGUCUAAAAUUUUUCUCUCCUUCACUGUAUUAAGUAAUUCUACCUUGAAGUCCACACUCAAGCAAAACAACACUGCCUGCUUGACUCUCUUGUGGACACGACUGAGUACAAGAGCAUGAAUAUUUCUAUCUGUCUCUCUUCCUCUCUUUGAGCAUUAUUCCAGUCUCCUCUUUGCCUUAUUGUGGAGAACAUCAUUUUGUAAUUAAUUACUUCAGUAUUUUCUUCACUUAUUUUGUAUUAUAGUACAUGCAGUACAUAGUUUAAAAUCAUGGCAAUUCAUCAAGACUUAAAUGCCUCAAUUACAGAGCCAAAAACUACCAUCAUGUGGUAUUUCAGCUGAACACAAUGUUAUUAAUAGAAUGUAUUUUGUCAUGUAAUGAAUAUGAGUAAUUUACCAGUGAAGGGUUACUUAUAAUGAUCUAGUCACUGUAGUCAUGAGGAGGGUUCAGUCCUGCAGCUGUGUCUUGCCCUCAAAUGUACAAUGUAGAGCUUCCCCACACUCCUUUGAACCUGUAUUUGGACAUGCUCUUUGUAUGAGAUAGCAUCUUCAACUCAGACCAGAUCAUUUCCUAUCUGUUAUUCAGCCACCAGUGUGCUGAUCAUGAAGCUGUAAGGAAAUAAUCUGCAGGUAGCUGCUUGUAAAGGGAAGUAACCAAGUCUCCUAUCCCUGACCCAGGAAACAACAAUGAUCUGCAGCAGUUGUGAGAAUGGGAAUGAGAGUUUGCAUAUGCUCUGAAGGGUGUUCCAAGCACUGGAUGUGUAAGGCUGUGUAGCUACAAAUAGGGAUGAGACAGUACAAUGAAAGCCAGGGAGAGCUGUGCACCUGGGGUGUCCUGGGGUGUUUUUGGCAAGUGGCUGAAUAACAGGGAAAUGUUUUGGACUACUGGUUAUGAUAGUAACAAAAUUGAUAAGACAGCAUGACAAAUGUUAUGGAUCAAUGUAUCCAUAAUUUUCAGGUAUAAUUUUAACUGUUAUAAUCCUUGUCCAUAUGUCAAAGUAAAGAAAAAUUGCCCCUUUCCACUCCAGCAUGUCAAUGACAUGUAGAGGAAUUCUUUAUGCAGUUAACUUGUGAAAGAAAAUGAGGCAUCUUUGUCUUUGAUCAAUUGGUGUGUCUUAUGAUAAUUCCUUAACUCUCCUUUAUAUUUACAUUUGGUCAUUGAUUCAGUUUUAUUUGAUUAAUGUUUAGUACCAUUAAUUUAACACACGUAUCUUCAAUAUUCAUAUUUGGAGAAAAAUAAAUUUAGUGCAUCAUCAGGCUAUGUUUGUAGUAAGAAUUUAUUAUGAACUGCAAUGUUCACUGCAUCUGUUGUAUUUAUUGAUUUCCAAGAGACUUCUAACUUGGAGGCAUCAUUUUUGUACAUAGAACCGUUUGGUGUUGAGUGUGUACUGUAGGUAGGGUCACAGCCUGUCUCAUGGAAGUGUCUAUGAAAACAGUAAGUGCAUCAUUCUGUGUGUUUCCGAUGGUGUUUAGAUGACUCAUUUUUCUUGAAAGAUGAUAUGCCCUCUGUAAGUGUACCAAGUUUAUAUGUAAAUUCAGUGUUUUGUCCUCUCAAGAUCUCAGUACAGUGGGCAAUAGUAAGGCACGGGGCACCUCUCGCUCCCGCCAGGUCACACAGCGUUGGGCGCACUGCGGAUGGAGUAUUGGAGUUUGUCUUGCCACUCGCCGCAUGUGGAGGUUGUAAGCAUUUCUUGAGGUGCUGCUAGCUGGGUGGCAGUGAUUAUAGUGUUUGUGGAGCACGGCACAGCUAAGGCAUCCUCUUGGGUGACGCAGCUGCUUGGACCACACCAAUGCCUUGCUAAAUAUUCAGCUUGGAUCAGUUUCUGCUGCCUGCACUCGAGAAAUUUGCUAUCAAAACAUGAUCGAUUUGGGAUGGAAAUUUCGCCUUCUUUCAUCCAUCAUAUAGUGCAAGCAAUGCUAGGCAAAAUGUGUUUCCAUAUUGUUUGGGAAGUAUGGUAACCAUAAUAAUCUUCUCCUUGGAAGUUUUACACUAAUGCAAACUUAAAGUAGAUUUUCAAUUGUAUUUAUGUUGUACAGUUCACCAGCAGCCGAAAUGUAUUAUUUUUGCAUAUAGUCAAGACUUUCAGUGACCCACAGACAACACUCUUGAUGGAAUGAAAGUUGGCAUUUUUGAGUAGCUUUUAAUAGUGAUUAUUUAUGAUGUAAGUGUAGAAAAAUCUAUCACAUAUGUUAGGAGAUUAUUUUGAUGUCAACAGUCAGUUAAUAAAUAAAGCUGAAUUAUUUAA